AUGAACUGGAACAAAACACACACCUUCAAGAUAGCUCCAGUUGUCGAUGGCGUGUAUGACGGCCACACGAACACCAAAGUUAUGGUACACACUGGGGAAUUUACUACUCAUCCCGCAUGGAACGACUAUACGCUGCCGGAUAUACCUGUUAAGGUGUUAGAUACAGAUAUAGAUGCCGCCGGCCAGGUAUGCAUGUCCAACAAUGACCCGCAUAUGAGGACGUUUGAUGGAAACAACUACGAAUGCCAGUACGGAGGUGAAUUUGUUUUGUACAAACAUACCACAUUACCAGUUCAGGUACAUGCUUUUUUCAAACCUUGCAAUGGCGGCUACGCAUACUGUAAUUGUGCUGUGAGCGUGAUGUCCGGGGGAGACGUCUUCAUAGUGGACACAUGUAAACCUGGCACGGGAUUGAAGCAAAUAACAGCCAAGAGACCAAUGCGAGUGGGGCUUGUUGGGUGCGAGGACGGGCAACUGAGGGUGGAGUCUUUAAACGGUGGCAAGCAUUUUAAGGUUUACUUACCCACUGGAGGCUAUGUUGACAUAAUGGUCUAUCGAUAUGGACACGACGACUUCAUGAAUGUCCAGAUUCAUCCUGGAGCUAAGGAUUUUAACAGAACAGUUGGAUUGUGUGGAACCCUAAACCAUGACAAGAGCGACGACUUCCUGACUAAGGACGGACGUACUGAACCCGUUUCUAGUAAUCCAAAGGAUUUUGCAAUGUCCUGGAGGGUUCAGCCGCAGUAUUCAAUCUAUAACGGACCUCCUGCCUCCCAGCUACAAUUCUCAAAGCGGUCAACAUCACGGUCUAACUAUUGCCGAUGUUCUGCAGAAACCAAUGACGCCAAUUCGAUCGUGCAGUGUGGUUACGCAGAAAAUAUUGUCAAGUGUCCAGGAGAUGACAACUUCUCCUCUAGAGAGCAUCAGAAAUGUCGGCGCCGUAGGGCCGCCGAAGAAUCCGGUCAAGGCAAUGAUGAUGUUUUGGAAACUCGGGUUUUUGAAUACGACAUUUAUCAUACAGUGCCGGAACCAUCGUGGAAGAAUAACUGGACAAAUGCCACCGCAGCUCAGUUUUGUGAAACCUUCAUGGCCAACACAAGCACUGGCAAGUCCUGCAAGUCGGUACCUGGUGCCAACACGGAGGAUCCCAUCAAAGGCUGCAUAGAAGACAUAUAUCUAACUGGUAGCACUGAAUGGGCACCUGCAGCACUUCAGGCUAUUAAGAGUUCAUGUCUAGGAGAACUAGAGAAAAACUCAUCAAUUUGGGUGACUAACAACGAGACUGGCACGUGUAGCUGCGACGACACGUUUGCUGGCGCAGAUUGUUCUAUUGAUACAUCCGCCGUGCCAACCAUUUAUUACCUCCCGGGCGACGGUCUGUGUAAAACUAGGUCAAGGCCAUGUGCAAGGUCACCCGUCUACGGUGGCACCUUCCUCGACAAUAAAAACUUAACAUGUAAAGUGGAAAUUCAGGAGGUGACGGCAGGAAAGCCUCAGAGUAGCGCGGCAAACGUGGAACUCAUGGCUGCAGAAUUCGUUCACUUUCAAGAAGUUAUCUGCCCUCUUCCUAGACCAAGGCACCAUAAACGUAGCGCUGAGUGUACUGGACCUCCAAUCUACCGUUAUGGCAUAAGCGUCAGCAACAACAAAGCACAGUUUAGCAAUGCUACAUACCUGAUAACCUUUGAUGACAAGUGUGUCUCUUGUAGAAAUAAUGACCCAAACAGCUGCCGGUUGAAGAGCGAUGCAUGCACCAUCGACUGUAGUUGUUACGCCGACGGGGAGGAAAAUGUCGACGAUAGAUGUCGCACCUGCAACACCACCUACAGCAACUCCACUUGGUUCCGCAAACAUGAUUUCUGUCUCGUUGACGGCACGUGCUACGCUUUAUGUCAGCUGGAUCCAAAGAACAGUGGCAAAGUGUGCUAUCCUAAUGCCAGCGUUCAUCAGUGGACCGCGACGGAAGGUAUAUUGAAAAUAUUUUAG